AUGGCAAAAAUGAGAUUCAGAAGACAGAGCUGUCGCCGCCAACACGGAUUAUUAGCACAGUUCAGAUUCUUCGCACACGCAAAGUUCGAGAAAAACACAAAAUUUGGUGAAGAGUUACUUAAGUACCACCAUGAGUUGUACGUGGAUAAGGCCCACAUGAGACCAGACUUAUAUUUAAAGGGCAACGAAAAUAAGCAUGCGCAUGAUAACAGGUUAAGAAGGAACAUCCCAUUCGUCUACAGCAAUGAAGUGAAGAAUAUAGCAGAACUGAAAGGAAACCCACUUACCCUUGUUAACGUGAAGAACGAAAAUGAUGAGUCCUUUGGCGUGGCUACCUUCAAUCCGUAUGCGCUAAUUACAGCCAGGAUAAUAAGUACCAAUGCGCUUUUUUCCGUUAACGUGAAUUUUUUUGUGGAGCGGAUGAAGAAAGCCUUGGCAUGGCGUUCCAAGGUGAUUGAGGGGGGGAGGCAUGCCAACUGGGGGGGAGGCCUCAGCGGGGGGGAAGCACCCAACCUGUGCGAAGCACCCAAAUGGAAUAAACGACUCAGAGAGGAUGAACAACUCAGCGCGGGGGAGGCACCUACAGGGAGUAUUCUCUCCACGGGCACACCUGUCCCCCCCAUAGACUCGAUUCCCCAAAAUGGUGGUAAUCCCCCCAUCGAAGCUCCCCUCCUUCCCAGCGACACGUCCUAUAGACUAAUCAACGGCGAAGGAGACAAUCUCCCCGGACUCAUCAUCGAUCGAUACGAUGACUACGUCGCUAUUCAGCACUUAACUCUCGGAAUGGAAUUACUCGCUGCAACGAUCAACGAGGCCGUCAUGGAAGUGUUAAAUCCGAAGGCUAUUCUAUUUAGGAAUGACAAUAAAGAAAGAUUAAAUGAAAGGCUAGAUAUUUACAAAAAAGUACUACACGGAAGAAUACCUGAACAAGUCAUGUUAACAGAAAAUCAUUGCCUAUUCCUUAUAGAUAUGCUGAACUCACCAAACACAGGAUGGUUUCACAACAGAAGACACGUAAGACAACUUCUAUCCGACUAUGCAUAUGAUAAGAAAGUUCUGGACCUCUUUUCCUAUGUAGGAUCCUUUGGCAUUCAGUGCUCAAAAAAGGGAAAGGCUAAAAAGGUCCUGUGUGUAGAAAAGGAUAGCAAAUUUACUGAGCUAGCUAAAGAGUCAGCUUACCUGAACAAUCUCACAAAUAAAGACAUCGAAUUUGUUUCCUCUGAUGCAAUCACCUUUUUGGAAAACUGCAAAGAACUCUUCGACAUUGUUAUUCUGGACCCUCCUAAUUUAAUUCCCAAAUCGAAAUUUCUCUUGUCAGGGGCUAAAAGAUACGUUCAGCUUAUCAGCUUAGCGAAAAACUGUGUCUCUUCUAAUGGCCUACUGCUAAUCAUUUUCUCCACCAAACUGUGUUCCUAUCAAGAUCACAUAAACAUGAUUAAUGAGUCCUUUAUAGAUUCGAAUAGAAAUGUUAAGAUUGUUGGCCAAGGGCGUGGUUCCCCUGACCACCCCGCCGAUUUGUCCCUCUACCUGUUUGCUGACUUCUACUGGUUCCUCCUCCAGGUGGGCUUCUGA